AUGGAGGAAGGACCAGCAGCUCCGCGGCUCCGCAGGGUGCAGAGGAAAAUGCAUUUCUACCUGUCUAUAUUUGAAGUUGGAUUUCAUCUCUGCAGCACGAAAACGGGGCCUGUAGGAAGCUCUGCAAAGGUUGGGAAGGGCUGGUUCACGUUUGUCACUGGAGCCUCAUGUGGGUUUUAUCCUCUGUGUGAUUUGGACUUCUUUUCUGUUUUAGGGAUUUUGGAGUUUAUUAGCCUGGCAGUGGGGCUGGUGAGCAUCCGUGGGGUGGACUCGGGACUCUACCUCGGCAUGAAUGAGAGAGGCGAGCUGUAUGGGUCGAAGAAGCUCACACGGGAGUGCGUUUUCCGAGAGCAGUUUGAAGAGAACUGGUACAACACAUACGCCUCAACCCUCUACAAGCAUCCCGACUCGGAGAGGCAUUACUACGUGGCUCUGAACAAGGACGGCUCCCCCCGAGAGGGGUACAGGACUAAGAGACAUCAGAAAUUCACUCAUUUUUUACCCCGGCCUGUGGACCCUGCCAAAAUACCUGCGAUGUACAGAGACCUCUUCCACUACAGGUGAUGUUCCCUGCAGCUGCCCCGUCAGUGUACAUACUUGGGCUCCCAAGCUUUUUCCCAGAGCACUAUAUUAAUAGUCAUUCCAUCAUUCCUGUAAGCGUAGAUGACAUAGGAAAGCACUUACAUUGAAUUCAGACACUGCUGUUCCUCCUUGUUUCCAGCGUAUAUCGAACCUGAGUUAUUUAUGGGGUGGGGGUAGGGGAAGGGAGGGAACCCUACAUAUAAUCUUUCGUCUUCAUUCACUUUCUUUACGCGGUUGCUACAAGAGAGGCCGAAUAUUCAAUGUUACGGUUGCUUAAAGGAACAAGCAGGCGAGCAGACCUGAUCACCGGGGUGGGGAAAGAGAAAUAAAUACUAAAAAUGAAGAGAAGGAAAGAAAACAAAAGACCA